AUGGCGGAAGCUGGCAUCGUGACGGUGCGUGAUGCCAUUAACAACGUCGAGGUGAUUUUUGAAAUUAAUUUCAUUUCAAGUUUUAAUUUUUGUAAUUUGACAGCUGCUCGAUAAUCUUGUUCUUCCGGAUGACCUUCCAGACAUCGAAGCGCGAUCACUACCACUUUUGUAUAGGUAAUAAAAUAUAUUUUUUUUUUUCUAAAUGAAGUUUUUAAGAGCAAACUUUGACACAAAUUUCGAAGAUAGAAGUGCGUUUGUGACGGGAAUCGCAAAGUACAGCGAAGAGGCAACCCGACAUGCCGAGUUUGUAAGUUUUUAUGAGUUUAGAAACGAGAAUGAUCAUGAGUUAUGAAAUGAAUAGUACGAAAAUUGAAAACUUCAGAACGACAUGUUGGCAGAUGGUCUGAAUCACGCGGCGAAUCUUUAUACUUGGCGAUGUUGUUCACGUGCAGUUCCCAUGGUUUGUGCAUUAAUUUAAGAAAUCGAUGAAAUUUAUGAAAUUCAGGCCCGAUCCAACGACCAGCCAAACCGUGUCGAAAUCAACAUGAAAGUCGUAGAAGUACUACGGCCAGAAGUGGAAAAACUCGGCUUUUUCAUGCGUUUCACGGUUUGAAAUAGGAGAAAAUAAUAUAUUUUUCUCAUCAGAACGGUGCAACAUCGAGGUUCUGCGAAGAAGUUCGUCGCUUGUGUCAUGCUGAAAAACGAAAGGUAAUCUUUCAACUUUUAUAGGAAAACUAAGGUUUUUUGCGUUUAAAAAAUUGAGUUUUCGCUGUUUUUUGAACGUCAGGUCUCUUUAUUUUUCUAUUAAUUUAUUUGUUUGGAGAUGUCUCACCUUUUCCGAUGCUCUUUUAUCCUUAAAGGUACAGACAAAUUUUUUUUCAAGUUAAAUAUAGAGUUAAAAGCCCAGCAAGACUAUUGCGUCGUUAAAUCCUUCAAAAAUAUCAACCGAACGAAUCCUUCUUCUUUAACUGAUUAUUAGUGCUUUUAUGGCCAUUCAUAGUUGAACUGGUUGCUCUUCUCUAUAGUUCAAGAAUUCAUUAAUGAAUUACCAAAAAAGUUCAAAGCGAUUCCGGAAUAAAACAGGUCAGUGUAAUUUGAUAAGAGGUUUUUUAAAGGAUAUCUGGAAUCCACAAGAAAAUGAUCUCGAUAUAUUUCCGGAAAAUUGCUCAUUGAAACUAAAUUUUAUCCUACUAAGGGCUUCAUUAUGAGAUCAUUUUACAGGAUUUUGUCUCAGAAGCAUAUCUUCUGACUCUGGGCCGCUUCAUCAACAUGUUCGCGGUGCUCGACGAACUGAAAAACAUGAAGGCGUCGAUCAAAAACGACUUUUCCACCUACAGAAGGCAACGAUCUCUGAAAUCCACAAGAAAGGGAUAUUCUUUUUCAGGGCCGCUCAAUUCCUCCAGGUCAUGUCGGACACUCAAACCAUUCACGACAUGCAGAACUUGAGCAUGUUCCUGGCCACUCAGAACAAAAUCAAAGACGAUUUGAGGCUGCAGAUGAAGACGGUGGGUUCAGAGAGACUUCCUGUUUCAAUUUUGAUACUUUUGUUUCAGAUAGAAGGCUACGACGAACUAUUGGCAGAUGUCGUCAACAUUUGCGCUCAUAUGUAUGAGACUCAACAGUACCUUUCAGCCAACGAGAAGCACAUGUUUGUCAAGGUUGGCCUUUUUUCUUAAUUAUUCAGGAACUGUUCUUUUUACAAAGCGUGUGUUCAGUAAAAAGAAGGUUUUAGAUAUCGAUUCCAUCUUUUAGAGUUUUUGAUUAAUUUUCAAAUAGUUUUAGCUAACUAAUUUACAAAAAAAAGGAAUUCAAAUUUAGAACAAAUGAUGUCCAAAAUCUCGCGCAAUGUUCCUCUUUGAAUGAAAAAUUAUUACCAUUUUAACAAUUUCUAACUUUUUUUUUCCGUCAUGGAAACUUCUCGAACCUAGAUAACGUGGUUAGACUUGUCGGAGCAUUUUUAGUGGCCGCUUUAGUAGAGUCAGAACUCUUAAGUGAUCCCUAGAGUUGCUCAGAAGCGUCCAGAUUUCGUUAUCGAGGUCCAAGUUCUUAUUAGGAGAGCUUGACUAGCUGAUUGUUUUUAGAAAUUGAAACUAUUUAGAAUUGAGAUGAUUUAUUCGUGUUCGAAGUAAUUCUGCAAAGUUCAAAAAAGCCGUCAGAGAGUGAAAAAAUUUAACUAAAUUUCGGAGAGCCAGAGAUAAUUUAAGUUUUUGUGGAUAGUACUUCGAACACGACAUCAAAGAUAUCUCAAGAUCAAAAGUAAAAAUUUAAGUUUUAUUUUAACUGGUCUUGAAAAAAGAACACGUCAUUGAGUGAAAAGAAAAACUUCCUGUGUCAAGGAAAAAAAAAAUGAGAUUUUUACUGAAAAUUCAGGUUAUUGCUUUUUCCUUGUUCCUGAUCGAUGGCGACGGACCAAACGUGGCGAAACUCGACCAGAAAAAGCGACUGAGCAUCCAAAGACUCGACAGAAUUUUCAAAGUUGAACUAUUCGUCAAAUCCAUUUCUAAUGAUUGUUUUUUAGUCUUUGGAAGUUGUUCCGCUCUACGGCGACAUGCAGAUCCAGCCGUUCGCUUUCGUUCGAAGGUCCAGCCAUUACGACGCGAAUAAGUGGCCUUUGAGCGAUAAAGAAUGUUAGUUUUCGAUUAUUUCAAGCUUUAAAUACGAGUUAUUCUCAACUUUUCAUUAGCAGAUUUUUUUAGGCCUAACAAAUCUUUCACUGUUUUCUCUGAAUGUAUUUUCAGAAAAUAUUAAUGAUAAAAUUUUUUUGCAAGUAUCCCCUUUCCUUUAAGAAAAAAAAACUAUUUUUUUUCUGUUUUAAAAAACUCGCGAUGACUUUAAAAUUUUAAAAUUCUGCAUAACGUUCAAUUUGAUAAAAAGUUGAAGUAAAUGGUCAGUUUUUAAAAUAGGAGAUCCUCUUGUGUCUCAAAUCAUGUAUUUUUGGCAUCAAUUAAGAGCUUUCAACAACUAAAACUUGAUUUUCAGCGGACAAAUGUCACGUGAACAUUGUUGAAAAGCUGAAAACGAUCCGUCUUGACCACGAGUCUUACGUCACUCAGUUCGCCAAGAUCAGCAAUGAGGUGAUUAUUUUGCCCUCUGAAUUGGAAUUCAUCUCGAACGGAAAAAGUAUUGGAAUUUUUCAAGGUUGUGAGUUUUUAGGUUGCGAUAUGCGAUCGAGUCGGGUCAGAAGCAGAAAAUCGUGAGCUCACUUCUUUGGCGCUUUCUGGAAUUCAGGUGAGGAAAAAACUGUUCUUUGGAGCGUAACCUCUCAUUAAGCUCAUGAAGAAACUUUUUGUUUUUUUUUAAUGCAUGAUUCAUCUUUUUGGUAAAAUUAUGUUCAAGUAUAAUUGUGAAACUAUCAGGGCUUUGAAGUCCUUCCUUUCAAUACUGAAAAGGCCGUUUCCGCGUUUUAAUGGACUGCUUUUUUAGUUCUAAACUUCAGUAUAAUGUCUUUUUAGCUCUUUUUAUUAGCUCUUGUGUAUCAUUUAUUAUUCCUCUCUUUUUAGUUUUCGCAAUGUUCAAAGAUUCCUUGACGAGACCUUUUUUGCGGCCUUUCUUGAGCUUCUCGCUUCAUGUUUUUAUUUUCUGGGUUUUUUGACGGAGUGUGUUUUUUCGUGAAUCCCUGAAUUUUGUCUUUGAAGCUGCUGUGCCAAUGGUCGGCGGCGGUGGUGGAGACGGUGAGCUGGAAACUGCUGCACCCGACCAACUCCCGGGACAACAAAGAAUGUCCCGAAACGGCCGAGGAAUACGAACGCGCGACGCGAUAUAACUACUCGCCGGCCGAGAAGACGGCCCUGAUCCAGGUGAUCGCCAUGGUGAAAGGCCUGCAGGCGCUGCUCGGCAAGAUGGAGCAGGUCAUGUCGACCGCCAUCAGGUUCUUUCUCAGGUCCUGAUAUAUUUUCUUACGACUUCUCCUUCAGGACUUCUGUCUAUGGAGAACUCCAGUCUUUCGUCCAUUCUGCCCUCUCCGAACCCCUUCAGAAGGCCGCCAAGAACAAGAAGGAUCUCCUGGCCAGGUUCAUUUUGACUAGGAUAAUUUAACUUUGAUAACUCGAAGAAAUUAUUGAUAAAGUGUGUAGUUUGAAGGAAGAUAAAAUAAAGUAAAAAAAAAUGAAAACUUUCAAAAAUUUUGUAUCUUGUUCCUACUUUAACAUUGAGUUGAAAUUUUAAAGAUGUUAAAAAAAAUUGAUUUGUAAAAAUUAUUCUAUUUUUCCAGUAUACUUCAAUCUGUCCGUGACUCGGUUAUUGAUUUGGUCAACACGAACGAAAUUCGACCUUCUGAAAAGGUAAAUUCGGAAUUUUCCUAUUAAGAUUAAAGAAGUCUUUGAAAAUUUGAAAAAGUAUAAAAUUCAAAGAAAGAUCGCAAGUUGGCUGUAAUAUGAUUAUUUCGAAGAAAAGAAACAUUCUGGAAUAAACUAAUUUCAGUUUUUCACUUCAGUGUCUCUACAGACAGUCUUCGUAAAAAAAAAAAUCAAUUUUCCUAUACUUUUUAUUAUCAUAACUUCUCGAUUUGAGCAUAUGUUAUAUGAUCUCCUGGUACUUGUCGCCUCGUUAGGGUCUGCUUCAUUUUGUGUAUUUGUAUUCUUCUGACCAUCUCAUUUUUGGAUCAUACUUUUUUAAAUCUUCUUUCUUUCUUGUGAAUCCUUAUUUUCUUGAAACCGCAUCAAAUGAACUUUUAUUUAAAAAGAAAGCAAAAAACUCAACAUCACUUUUCAAAACUUCAUGCGUUUGCAGUCAAAGUCGAAGAAAGUCGGCGGCAAAGACUCGGCGAGUUCCUCCGCGAGCGAUUUGCGCCUCUCCCGCCGCGCCGCCUAUCCGGCGCCCGGUAGCACUCAGCUCUACAUGGCGCGGACUCAAUUGGAAUCGCUCGUCUCUGAAAAAUUCUGCGGAGGCAAAAAAGUCCGAUCAACCACAGUCUUCAUCUUUUCAAUUUUUUUUCUUCAGGUUUUGCGGAAAGAGCUCGAUUCCAAGACCAUUGAGCGGAUUUGUGUAUUUUUGAGGCAAGUUUUGAAAUAAAUUGAUCAGAAAAAAUAUGUAUUUUUGUAGGAAAUCAGCUCAUUGGCCAGCUCUUUUCCGGCUCUCAGAUUCUUUGACCGAAGCCGGCGAUUUGAGCCAACUCUGGUUCAGAGAGUUUUACCUCGAAAUGACCAUGGGAAAGCGGAUUCAGGUUGGUUUCGUUGAGAAUUUUUGAAAAGAGAUUUGUGCAAAAAACUUCAAGGAAGAAAAACAAUUCAACAGGUAUUUUGAGAUAAAAAUUCUUUUUUUUUCUUUUUUAAGUUUUUUACUCAUUCAGUUGAUUGAUCUUUCUCAGAGGGUAGACUUUUUGAUAUCUUUUACCGCCUUUUCAAAUGUCUUAUAUUAAAAAACAUUUCUGAACCAUGAAAUUCAGCUCGUUUUGAAGUUCGAGCGUUUCGUUAAACUCAAUAAAAAUCCAAAAAAUUGCAUGAAGAAAAAAAACUGAUUCAGUAGAAAUUAUUUUAAAAAAAAGCAGCCUUUUUUGUUUCGAAGAGAGGAAAAGUCCCGUAUUUUCAGUUCCCGAUCGAAAUGUCGAUGCCGUGGAUUCUGACGGACCACAUUCUGACGUCUUCGAUGGGCGACUCUUCCCUCAUCGAAAGCGCCUUGUACCAACUCGACCUCUACAAUGACGCCGCUCAGUACACUUUGUUCAGCUUCAACAAACAGUUCCUCUAUGACGAGGUACAUAUAAAAACCAAAAAAAAAAAACUUUGAAAUUUAUCGGCACAGUCAGCCCACGUAUGGCAUUAAAAUUUUAACUAAUGGUCAUCCCAAUGAGAAAAAAAGUUUUUGUAAAACCGCCAGGCCUUGAUUUGAGCAUUGAGAAUUUCUUGAAAAAUUAAUUAAUUAGUGUAGGAGAUGUUAGAAAUAAUAUAAAAGGUUUGGUUUCGUGUAAAGUUUUUCGUUGUUGAGAAAGGUCCCUUAAUAUUUCAAGAAGUUCAAAAAAUUGAAUUCGUUAAAGUUAAAGUAGGUGACCUCGAGAGGAAUGCGUCCCGAUCAAAAUAAGUUUUUUCAGGGGUUAAGCUUGAUAAUGGAAGUUGACAGGUCAAGGAAGUUUAUAGAACCUUUUGAAUUUCUUUUUUAAAUUUUCAUCGUUCAAUCUCUUUUUUUCUUUCCACACAUUAGAAAAAAGUCAAGAAUUUCACCAAGCCUCUUGAAACAACGCUACAAUUCAGUUUCUUAUUAACAAGGAAACGAUCUCAGGUAGAAGCCGAGGUGAAUCUGUGCUUCGAUCAGUUCGUUUACAAACUCUCGGACAUGGUUUUCACCCACUACAAGCAACUCGCUUCUUGGUUUUGCCUUGAAGUAAAGAAAUUAAUUGAAAGUUGUGAAAUGUUCAGUAUGCUCCUCGACAAACGGUUCAAAACGGAGAUUUUGCGCGCCGGAACCAUGAUUCGAUCUCCGCCUUCUUGUCGAUUGGAGAGUAUUCUUCAGCAAAGACAUGUCCAGGUAACUUUCGCGUGGGAACGAUGAAAAAACACUCAAAUGUGCCCGUGAUAGUCAGCUAAAUUUAAACAAAGUCCCAAAAUUGGGCGUUAGUUGCUUCAAUUGCAUCUUAAUUUGAUUUCAGCUUCUUGGGAGAUCGAUUGAUCUGAAUCGCGUCGUUUCCCAAAGAGUCAAUCUGGCGUUGCUCAAGGCUUUAGAUGCGGCGAUUUGGAAGUUCGAAAGCGAACAGUUGUCUUCGAUUGUGGUAAAAUCGACCUUUCCCAUCGAUUCAACUGCAUUCCGAGGAAUUUAGGAGUUGGAUAUGCUUCUUGAAGCGAACAAAUUGUGUCAUUCUCUGUUGCGAAAGGUUCUCCACUCGGUCGCGGAUUUCGACGAUCUUUUUCAAGAGGUUCUCCUUUUUUUCUGAAAUCUAUCGAGAUUUACAUUUUCAAGGCAAAUCACGCCGUUUCCUCGCCACAUGGACGGAUUUUGCUUCACAUUUUCUGGGAGUUGAACUACGAUUUCGUGCCUAAUUUCGUCUAUAACGGUUCUACACACCGCUUCGUUCGAGCCAAGGUGUGAAAUUUUUCCUUUUUCCUUUUGGAAAAAACCAACAACGGGAAUCGAAUAAAACCUCAAAAAAGCGUAUCGAAAAUUCAAAGAAGCAUAUAUAUAUUUUUUCGAUCCCGUACUAGUUAGAAACUUCUAGAGGUUCUCAAUUUAAUAUAAUACUUUUCAUCCAUCUAGUUUUAAAAAACGGAUUCAUUUAUAGAUUUAAGGUAGUAUCAUCCCGAUUCUGAAUUUUCGUUUCUUUUGUUUUCACUGAUACGGGUUCUGAUUUUGCGUCCUUCUGUCGCUUUUGAUAGAAUUUGGACUUGCAGCAAACAUUCCGGAAGACGCCGGCGCGAGAAAGACCUCAGCAGGUCGGCCCGAUCUACAUGUGGGGCUCCCGGUCUCUCCAGGCCGCCUACGCCAACAUCGGCAACGCCUACCUCAACUGCAUCGGGAAGCAGCAUCUGAAGGCGAUCGGACGUCUUCUUCAGUACCAAGGUCGACCCAUACUUAGAAAGAUCUUUUUUCUAAUCUAUACUUCCAAGUCUCUCUAAAAUCAGGUAUUUUAACCGUUUUACGCAAUGAAGAGAGCUCUCUUUUCUGCAUCUGAAUAUUCAAAACCCUAUCGAGUCAGACUCAUUAAUAGCGUUUUAGGCCUUCUCGAUUCUCUAGAAAGUAGCGGUUAAUCAUUUUCACUAUAUUCAUACGACCUCUGCUUUCUCUACGCACUCUUUUCUCUCACCAGGGAAAGAUCUCUAUCUCUUUUAUCUCAAAGUUUUGGUACGCCCAUCCCUCCUUCUGGUAUUUUUGAAAUUUGUACUCGCUUAUCUUCCAAAUCGAAGUCUCCUUCUGAAGUUCUUCUCCUCAGGCGUCGCCACGAUCCUCGACGAGAUCUUCAACAUGUCGUUCCGGCUCAUCAAUGAUAAGCUCCGUCGUCAUGUCAAACAUUUGGUCGGAUUGAUGCCGAAGGUGUGCAAAUUGCCUCGCUGGGAGUACGGCAGCCACGGUAUUUUUUGGCUUUUUUGAAGGGAAACAUGAGAAUUCCUCAAAAGCUCCUCUUUAUAUUUCACAUAAUCUUCCGAAAUUUAUACAGAGUUCAAAGUGAUUUCGCGAAUUUCAAAAUUAUUUCUGGCUCUCCGAAAUUAAAUAAUUUUUUUCACUCUCUGACGGGUUUUUUGAAGUUUGCGGAGUCAUUUUUGAACGCGGUAUAAUAUGACCAAAAAUCUAUUUGCUCACAUGUAUUCAGAAAAAAAUUUCAGUUAUAAAAAUGAAAAAAAUAAAUUUAUUAUUGGAAAAACUAUAAAUUCGUUGUUGUUAUUAUUUUGUAAUCAUAUUUUUUUAUAAAAUUAAAAUAUGGAUGCUAACCCCCAAAUUUGAACUUCAGUCAGAACUUCGCGAUUAAAAACCUUUUUUUCUUAAACUAUAAUCAAAAAGUUUUUUUCGCUCAGAAAAACAGGCAGAAUUUCAAUUAAUAAGUAAUUUUUUUCAGCUGUCCUCCAGUAUUAUUGUCAUCAUCUAGAGAGCUUCGGGAAAUAUCCCUGAGUUGAAGUCGGAAUUUUGUCAGGUGAUCUUUAUUCUUGCAAUGGAAGGAGUAUAAAGUUGACUUUUUUUUUAUAGAAAGAUUCCAAAUUUUUUCUCGAAAAAAUGAUUUUCUUUGGCAUGAUAUGAACUUUUCUCUGUUAGAAGUACAAAAAUGGUUUUUUUUUAAAGUUUAAGAAUCGGUUAUUAAAAAUUUCUUCUUCCCGUUUUUUUUCUUGCUGUAGAUAUGAGACUCGCUUAUCACUAGAAAAUAUAAAUUUAAAAAAAAUAAAAAUAUAAAAAAAGGCAUUAUGUGAAGCAAUAUCUUUAUUCAAAUUUCAAAUUUUUUUAACAAAUUUUUUUGAUCAAAAAAAGAAUAAAAUAAUAAAUAACUUAGUUUUUUUAAAGCAAAGAUUUUUGAAAUUUUUCUAAGUACACUAUGUGAAGAUGGCUUUAUCAUCAAAAAAGCUAUACUUGAUUAUUGAAAAAAAAAUUUUUUUGUAUAGAAAAAUGUUUAGGAUCUGCGCGAACUGGGCAACAUGAUAGUUCUGUGCCAACAACUGGAAGUGAGUAUCGUCCAAGACGAAAUUAUGGACCUUUUCACGGCCGCCGCCUACACUGGCGACCUUCCCAAGCCUCCGGCCAAAAGUCUGAAAAAUGCCCAAUUUACGAAUAAGUUUUGUCUUCAGCCGUCCAAGAUCAGGAAAGACAAAUGGUCAAGCUCGAAGAGAAGUUCUCGCGGAUCCAAAUCGCCAAAGUCGUCGACAAGUUCAGUGGCGAAGAAUUGGUGGGACAAAAGGCCAAUUUCCGAGAAACUGGGAGGUUUCAGCAAGGCGACUUCGCGAUGGAAUCGGAUUUGCUGACGAAGGAGCGACUUUGCAUCGGCCUGAACGCCUUCGACCAUUUCCUCAUGCGGAUUAAAAACCUUGUCAUCAAUGAUAAUGUUGGUGGAAAAUUCAUCCGUUUUUCCUGCGGCAUUCGCAGUUCCUGUGCAAAGUGUUCGCGAUGCGUUUUUGGCGCCAUUUUCAGUAUUUUCGCGUUUUUAAUAUUUCCAAGGUUUUCUGGUCAUUAAUUGUUCGAAUAGUUUUCAAAGAAGUUGCUCAUAAAAUUAAUAUAAUAUUAACUAAAUGUUAUAAUGUUUCAAAUUGGCACCAAAACGCUUCGCAACCGCUUUGUAAAUUAGCUGAAAAUGCCGCACCUUGCUGUUUCAACCCGAGAAAAAUGUAUUGAACUUGAACAUAAUAAUCUUUGCUCUGAAACUCUCUAAAAACUUUCAAAUUCUUCGAAUUUAUUCAGCAGUUUUCUGUUUUGACUCUUGUAAUCUUAAUCUUUGAUAGAUCUCGCCCGAUUAGUUUCUCUGAUCGAAUUUCGAAACGCAAAAGUAAAAAAUAAGGCUUGAAAAGGGGCCUUUCCGUUCAGAAAAAAGAAACACGGCAAUCCAAAAAAAAUCAUUUAGCCAUUUACUUCACAUUCAAGAAUUGAAAAAAAAAGUCUUCAAAUCAUUACGACUUUUUUCAUUCAUUUCUCAUUUAAAAGGAAAUUUCCAAUGAUUUGAAGGUUUGGACGGGCGGAACGCCGGUCAAUGGAGUGAUUUGGGUAGACGAAUGUCUGGAUUGGAGCCGCCUCUGGUCCGCCCUGCAGUUCUUCAUCUGUCAGCCGCCGCGCGAAAAACGAAAUCCUCGUCGAGUUAGUACAGAGAAAUAUUCAAAAUGUACAAUAUUAUACAAAAAUUAUAUUUUUAUUCGAAUAUUCAAAUUCAGUAUCGUGGAAAUUUUUUUGGAAUUAUUGAUAGAAACUAUCGGAAUACUCUUGAAAUAGGCUCGACAGUUUUUCGAUUCGUUGAAAGAGUCUUUUUAUAAAAAUAAUUUCUUCCUCUUCAUCAUUUCCCUUUCCAGAGAGCUUUUCGGGGAUUCUUUGCAAUGGGGCGCACUUUCGUUAGUUUUCUUGCUAGGCCAACAGAAGCGCUAUGAGGUGAAGAAACCUUAUCAGUAAUAUUUCAAUUGAAAGGAAUUUCCAGGUUCUCGACUUCUGCUACCAUCUUCUUCGGGUACAAAAGGCUGAUGGGAAGGAUGACACCAUCUGUGGAAUUGUUCGUUUGGAAGAAAAUGAACAAGUUUGUUAACAUCCUUAUUUUCAGCGUCUUUCGCGGAUGGUUGAGCGAAUACGUCGGUUCCAGUUGCUCAAUAAUCAGGUGAUUGCUUUAAUUUUGGAAAAAAAAAACAUUUUUUUGUUCAAAGGAGGUAGAAGGCGAAUUUUGAAGAAAAAACAAACGAAGUAAGGUUUUUUUUGGUUUGAGGCUGAAAAUUCGACUUUUUAAAAACAAAGUUAGUCUUUCAAAUUGGGAAAAAACGGACUAUAUUUUAUUCUUCGAUUGAGAUUUUCUUCUUACAUCUUCCAUUGAAAACGCUUUUUUUCCGAACAAUUUGGCAAGAGGUCUUGGCAAAAAAUGGAAAAAACGUUCACAAAUGUAGUUCUUGUCUAAUUCCGGGUCAGAGUCUACUCGGUAGGGUGAAGUUAUUCCCAUCACUGGCCCGCAGGCGAAUCGAGAAGGUACCAUAAUGUGUCCACAAAGGUACCUCUCAAAAUGGAUCGUGAAGACCCCAUAAGGUGUCCAUAGUGAGACCUCCGGCAUACCGUUUAGCUAAAUCUGAACCAUUUCGGGGGUACUUCAGAGUCUCUCUCAAGCCCCUCUCAUUUUUCUCGAAAUCUUCAGAGGUAUACUCGAGGUAGCGAUAUACCUCAGAGGGUCUAGCAAUACCCUUUCUCGAUUCGCCUAUGCCAAUUUAAUGCAUUUUUUCUCUUUCUAUCCUUACUAUUAGUCUUUAUAUUGUCUGCAGUGAAUGAACCUAUCAUGAGUCAGUUAAAAGCGUCUUCCUUCAGAUCUUCGUGAUGCUGAGCAACCAGACGGACGAGGCCGACCAGCCCGAGCCCUUCGUUCAGGAAUUCUUGCCGCCCGUCCACCCCAACUGCGUGAAUCCGUUGGUUCUCGUCAGAGAAAACGACACCAUGCAAUAA